AUGGGUGGAGGGGUGGAGUACAAUCCAGAGGCUGAGCUGGAACUUCAGAAAUCCAUCGUAGAAUCUGAGUGGAAGAGGAUAUGUGGCCAUGAAGUCUGUGUCACCCUGGAUGUGGAAACGGCGAAUCCGUGGCUCGAGGUGUCUGAGGAUCGGAAGAGUGUGAGACGGACCGAGACCCGGAGGAAUCUCCCUGACACCGGGAAGAGGUUCACAGACCGGGCUUGUGUGCUGGGAUCGGAGGGAUUCACAUCGGGGAGACAUUACUGGGAGGUGGAGGUGAUGGGGAAUCGGCGCUGGAGUCUGGGAGUCGCCGCAGAGUCUGUGGAGAGGAAGGGAAAGUUCACACCGAGUCCGGAGACCGGAUUCUGGACCAUCGCGCGGUUUGAUGACGUGUUCGGGGUUUACACCUCCCCUGUGUCCCGUCUCCCUGCCGGUCCCAUCCCCGGGAGGGUGGGAGUUUAUCUCAGUUACGAGUCCGGGACAGUUUCAUUUUACAAUGUGGAGACCAAGUCCCAUCUCCACACUUUCACUGGGAAUAAAUUCACGGAGAAACUUUAUUCUUCAUUCGGAAUUGCAUAUAAAAACCAGUGGGUGAGAAUCUGCUCCGGUUCCGCUCCGGGUCUGUAA